AUGAAGGGCAGCUUGUUUAAGCUCCCACUGAAGGAACAGAUCCUCAUCUGUAUCAUCUUCUCCAUUACGGGUAGUGGGGCAGUACUGGUAGUGCGGCCUGUGAUUCGCUCCCUCGUAAAUGACGGCUUCCUUGGACUGCCGGAGAACAGCGGAUGGAUAGAUGGCCCAUGGUUGUACCGCUUUUUAUACAUUGCCAUCAUGUACCCAGCCUACUCAAUGAUGCUCUUGGUUAUCGGGUCUAUUUUUGGACGGCGUGUGUGGUUCUCGUUCAUGAUUCACAAAAUGUGGUCGCGGUUCCUGACAAAAAGGGCUGCUAGGAGGCUUGAGUACGUAUUGGAUUUGCAACACUACUAG